GCGCGCGCGUGUGAGAGGGGGCGGGUGGGGAAGGAUCGCCGGUGAGAUCCCAAGGCGAGGCUCGUGCGCCCGCCCCCACCCUGGCCCCCAUCGCCCACCCGGUCAGCCCGGCUCAGCCAUGAUCAAGGCGAUCCUCAUUUUCAACAACCACGGGAAGCCGCGGCUCUCCAAGUUCUACCAGCCUUAUAGUGAAGAUACACAACAGCAAAUCAUCAGGGAGACAUUCCAUUUGGUAUCUAAGAGAGAUGAAAAUGUUUGUAAUUUCCUAGAAGGAGGAUUAUUAAUUGGAGGAUCUGACAACAAACUGAUUUAUAGACAUUAUGCAACGUUAUAUUUUGUCUUUUGUGUGGAUUCUUCAGAAAGUGAACUUGGCAUUUUAGAUCUAAUUCAAGUUCACAAUAUUCUUGCAGAAAUGGUGAUGGGGGGAAUGGUAUUGGAGACCAACAUGAAUGAGAUUGUUACACAAAUUGAUGCACAAAAUAAACUGGAGAAAUCUGAGCAAAUAGUUUACACUGGCCUAUUUUGUAUCAGUCAAGAUUUUUCUCAGGUAACAGCUUUAUUAUUAUUUUUUAAUUAACAAAAGAGGUAGGCUUACAUAAGA